GACAACAGAUUACAAAAAAACUUGUAAACAAAAGUUUUUCUAAUAUGCCACCAGUAAAAUUCAGCUGAUUCUACUGAAGAUGUCAAUUGAAUUAAACUAUUUUGUAUAAUAUUCAAUAAAUAUUUUUAAUAAAUAUGUCAUUAAGCCCAAAUUACUCUACGAUGAAUAAAAGAUUCGACUUUGCGGUUCCAUUAGAAGAUAUUUUCACAAACGGUGGGAUUCAUCCAAGACUAAGGUUCAUAUUCCAACAAGCUUUUGAUUUGUGUUUAGAAAGUCACUUGAGCAUUAGAGAAACUUUACAGAAAGAAUGUUGUUUAAGCACUUGUUUGGAGUUGAAACAGAGAAUUAUUUAUGCAAGACAACCUGUAAUAAAUUCACAAUAUUCAUCGCCUGGCGCGUUUUUCUGGAUAAUAAGACACUUUUUAGGUUUAUUGCCGAUACCGUUAUUUCCAGCAGUAACAUGCAAUCAAAAAUUCCCUUGGAAAGAGUUGUCUCAACAAAUCAAACAUGUUUCACAGUACAACUUGACAGAAAGAGAAUAUAAGUUACUGUAUACAAUUGCGAGUGCCUUGAAUAACUUACCCCAAGAACAUUUUUCGUUGUUGAACAUUUUAGUUAUGUUUAUAAGAAAUAUUUCUAAAAAGAAAUGUUGUAAAACAACUUUGAAGGACCUUGCUAAAUAUUAUUGCGAUGCGGUAUUCGUCCGACCCUUUCAACCUGGACAUAAAAUUAAAGAUGAAAAUAUGUUUCCUCUUUUUAUGUACAUAAUAACCAGAUGGUACCGUAUUUUGAAGUACCUAAAAACCGACAACACGAACGCCUUUCAUUACGUAAAAAGUGAUGUGUUUCCAAAACAUGAUACAGACUUAUACAUCGAAACAAAUUGGUUUUCCGAAACUCAUAACGUUCCAUAUACUAUCGUAAAAUAUCUAAAAGACGUAGAGUGUCAAACAGAUAUUAGUGAAGAAAAUAACUUUGAUUUAAAUCAAAAUGAGUCGCCAACAAACGAAAAUUCGAUACCGAACUGUGUUGACAAAAGUAUACAAUUAAUUGAUAGUUUUAUUAAAGACGAAGAUGUUUCUUUAAAAACAUUUACUAAUCAUUUAAAUGAACGUAAAAUUUCGUCUUUCCGAAGUAGUUUGGUUAAUAUUAACGAAACUGAAGAAAAUAUACAGUGUAAACAUUGUAAUACAUUGGAUUUUUUCGGUAAUAUGAUGAAUGAUCGUAACAAGAAUUGGAACGACGUUGUUCAAGAAGUAGCCAACACUGUUAAGAGGAUUGAAGCACAUAAUUACGAAAUUUGCGAUAAAUAUUCACGAUCUGGUGAUUUCGUUGGAUGCGGUGCAUUACAGAAAUCAGAUUCAAGCGUUGAAUCCGGAACGCCGGAAACUGUUUAUAAUACGUUAAAAGAUUCAACCAUAAAUAGUUAUAAAACUGAAGAUUCCGAAAGAACUGUUUCAUACAAAAGUGUUAAUGGUACAAGCAAAGUAGAAAGAAAAAAUCGGAAAAAUGACAAAAAUGUUUCUUUAUAUAAAAGUUUUUAUGAAUCCGACGAUGAACUCUACAACAUCAACAAAAAGUCAAUCAACUACGAUAAGGGUGAUGAGCGUAAUACAUCAAAUUUUAGUCUAAAUAGAUUUAAAAUUAAAUUCAACUUUCUAAGAACGCUCUCACCAAAAUUUAAUCGGCCUGAUGAUUUUAGAUUCUUUUUCUCCAGAAGCAUAAAAUAUAAGAAGUUUUAAAAAUGAAAUAUAUUUUUAGUUUUGUUUGAUUUUUGUGAAUAAAAUGUUUAGUUUUUCGGUUAAA